AGCGACACAUACGAAAAACUAGAUAAAAAUGACUGAGAAUGAGCCAGUGCCACAUGCAGUGGAAGAUGACGAUGAGCUGGAUGGAAAACUGAAUUACAAACCCCCACCCCAGAAGUCCCUACAGGAAAUACAAGAGCUUGACAAGGACGAUGAGAGUUUAGCCAAGUACAAGAAAUCAUUGCUAGGAGAUGGACCAGUGGUAGCAGAUCCAUCAGCCCCAAAUGUGACUGUAACUCGCCUCACAUUGGUUUGUGACGCUGCCCCAAAACCAAUCACGAUGGAUCUUACUGGAGAUAUAACAAAUUUGAAAAAAGAGACUUUUGCUCUCAAAGAGGGAGUUGAGUAUAGAGUAAAAAUCCACUUUAAGGUCAAUAAGGAGAUCGUUUCUGGACUAAAGUAUGUGCAGCAUGCAUACCGGGCAGGAGUGAGAGUUGCUAAAGCUACGUUUAUGGUAGGCAGCUAUGGACCACGACCAGAUGAAUAUGACUUCCUCACACCAUUAGAAGAAGCACCUAAAGGAAUCUUGGCACGAGGAACUUACCUUAAUAAGUCACACUUUACUGAUGAUGACAACCAUGAUCACCUCACCUGGGAAUGGAACCUGAGCAUUCGCAAAGAGUGGAAUGAAUAGAAAGCCUUAUAUCAAGCCUUAGAUCAUACAUGUUAAAGUUUUUUUUUUUUUGCAUUUUUCUCUUAAUGCUACUGUAUUCCAGGGGCACACACUGGGCUAUCUAUUAACUCAACACUCUGCUCUGCUGCUACUGGUUGAAUGUUAUCCUUUGGUGCUUUAUCUCUUCUCACAAGCAAGGUUAUAGUUAAACAGAGAUGUAUUUGCUUAUAUUUAAAGUGCUGACCAAAGUGAUAUUUUAAUGUGUGUCACUAUUAUUCCUAAUAAAAUAAGAAUUACAAUUCUGCA